ACGGCGCGGCGCCCAGCAUUCCAGCGGCGGCAGACAACGCGGCACGAUCAAGCCCAGAUAAUCACUUUGUCGCAUCCGCUUGCAGCGCGUACCACGUCGACCAGAUCCUCCGUUAGUCACGCAUCGGACCGGACAUGGGUGUCGUGAAGACCGCCUCGGAAAACAUACUCGAGGAGACCGUGGUCCCUAGCGAGGAGGCGAAUUACUCCGUACAGGGUCAUACCGAAGAAUGGUCGGAAACGUUCCCGUAUCAAUUGCUGAUAGGAACAGGCGUAGCAAUGUUGGCUCUAUUGCUACUAGCUGCGGUGAGCUUCCAAUGUUCUUCCACUUGGCGAUGGUUAAUGAGGAUGAAACGGAGCAUGAAGGAGAAAGACGCUGAAAGUGACUUAUCACAGCAGAACGCUAUACGCAUCAGUCAUUCCCUACCCGAUCUUCAAUCAGAACCGGUUACUCACGAAUAUGUUCAAGAAUCAAAGGACAGUAAAAAGGUGCUGCGUCAGACAACUUUGCCCAUUGUUCCGAUGAGACAUCAGAGCUUUCAGAGGCAACUUUCUCAUCGACUCACCGACUUGCCAAUCAUGUUUAGCAUCUGCAGCCUGGAUAAACGCAGCGACUCCAGUCUUGGAUUAAUUAAGCCAGAACUUUACAAGAAGGAGAUGGGCCAAGAGGACGCGGAAAGCUCGAGCACCGUGGAGAUGGAGUACGCCGGGAAGCUGCAUUUCGCCUUACGAUAUGAUAAGGAAAUGGAGGGGCUGGUAGUUAAAAUCUUGGAAGCAAGAGAGCUGCCAGUGAAGGACGUGACUGGUAGCAGCGAUCCCUAUGUGAAGGUGUACCUCUUGCCGGACCGGAAAAAGAAGUAUCAGACGAAGGUGCAUCGAAAAAAUUUAAAUCCCGUAUUCAAUGAAACCUUCAUAUUCAGCGUUUCAUUCGAGGAGCUGAGACAUCAGUAUCUCCAAUUCUCGGUUUACGAUUUCGAUCGAUUCUCUCGAAACGAUCUGAUCGGACAGGUGGUGCUGAGGGAGUUAUUGGAUUGCACCGACCUUGACCAAGAAGUGGAAUACACGAUGGAUAUUCUAUGUGCUACGCAGGACAAAGGGAAGGACUUGGGAAAAUUGAUGCUUUCGCUUUGCUAUCUCCCAACGGCCGGACGGCUAACAGUGACCGUAAUUAAAGCCAGAAACUUAAAAGCCAUGGAUAUAACGGGAUCAUCUGACCCGUACGUGAAGAUUUACCUUCUGUGCCACGACAGGCGAAUCAAGAAGAAAAAAACCUCAGUGAAAAAGAACACUUUGUUCCCCAUCUACAAUGAGAUCCUGGGAUUCGACGUUCCAGCGGAAAACAUCGAGGACGUUAGUCUGAUAGUAAAAGUUAUCGAUUACGACAGGAUCAAAUCGAACGAAUUGCUGGGCUGCACAGCGAUUGGCUCUGCCUUCAUUGGCAUCGGCCGCGAGCAAUGGUUAAAGAUGCUGGAGAAUCCGAGGAAACCGAUAACGCAAUGGUACCCAUUAACAGAAACGGUCCCUGGUCACAUUCCAUCAGUGAGUUCAGAACCUCUGCCAGUGAGCCUCAGCUGCUUGAACAGUAGAUGAAAACAGUACGACCGAGAUAAAUAUCGCAAGAAAUCGCAGUUUUUGUCGGACGUCGGCUUGGGUGUUGUUUCCUUCUGUCGUCGCUUAAUGCACACCGCUUGACUGACUUAAGUACAAUUUCUAUCUCAGAAAGGAAAGUUCGGGAGAAAUACAACAAACCAAAUACAAAAAAAAAAGAGAAAAAAAAUGAAAUAAAAAAAGUAAGUAAAUAAAUAGGAGACACUCUGUGCUUUUUGGAAUAUAAUCAAAUGUGGGGAGCGUGAAGUAGUAAACGAAUUAAGUAGAUCAUAGUGGAAUGCUUGUAAGAGCGCAGUAUGAUACACGCGCUGAAAAGCGAGAUUGCUCAAACUAAACUUGAAGAAAGAAAAUCAUAAAAAAUGACGUACAUGUAUAAAUGAAAGAAGUACUAAGAAAAGGAGAGAAUGAAAGAGAGGAAAAAUGAAAGGAAGAGAAAAAAGUAAGGAAUGAAAAAUAGUUUAUUUUUUUGGAACGAAUACAGGCUGGUCCUGCGUUUGGCGAAUAUAUGUGAACACGAAAAACGUAUUUUAUCAACCGUGUCCCGAUCGUAUAAUAUAUUUUAUCAGCGAGAAUGUACUAUAUACAUAUAUUCUAGAUCCGAUAGACAAAGGUUGUGAAGCGAGAACAUUUUUAAGAUGAUCCAAGGUGUUGGAACGUGCGUAUUGUUCCUUGCUUUUAAUCUUGCGAAUCAAUAUCCCGGGCCUUCACCUUUAUUUUCCGAUGGAACACGACAUAAAGAUAAAGAUAUACAGGUCGACAGACAUUUUCUGAGCAAUAUUGGAAAAUAAUUAUUUAAUGGUGCAAUUACUGCAGAUCAAAGGAAAAGAAUCUUUAUUAAUCUAAUUUCGCGGCUAAUAAUCGCGGCAUUGCGAUAUUAUUGAUGUGGGAAUAAAACGAGAUGAUUAAUUCAUUUCAAAUGGCGUGUGAGAAUAGUUUGUGGGUGUUCUUGCAAAGAAGAAAUUAUCAUUGUUUUCAAACAGUAAUUUCACUAUCAUUUUACACUACUAAAUUAAGUAUUAAAUGCAUGCUGUCACGCAAAGACACUCAUGUAUAAUCCCUGAGAUAGCUAUAACGCAAUCUGGUUAUUCCCUCAAAUACGUGAACAAGUAUUUAAACUUAUUGAUAUAUACGUCUGUAAGCUUGAUUACAAUGCAACGUAAAAGAUACAUCACUGUGUGUUGAAUUAUAAUAGAAAUAUUAGCUUGCAAAACAAUUCAGACAAAUAUAAUCGCUUUUAAUGGUGAUCUCCGCGUAAUCACGUGGAUCCUUCCUCGAGCUUCCGAACAGAACUGUUUCUAUCGAUCAGUCCAAUAUAUAAUAAUUGCGAAAGAAAGUUUUAAGGACAAUAAACCAUGUAACCUCUCCGUUAGACCUCGAAUAGAGCAAUAUCUCUUAACGUAUAUAAUAUAUAAAACAGUGUUAGCUGUUGUUCUGUCUGAACCAAUGCCUAGUACAGACCGAAGCAAUUUUAAAAGUUUGGAACAAAUGUUUUCAAACACCGAAACCACAUAGAAAUCUCUUCUAUUUCACAAUUAUGAGAACUGUAUGAAAUGGAAUUUGUGCAGGAUACUUUGAAUAAUACCCUAACAUCUUCGAACUAAAUGUCUGUGCUAGGCGUAGGAAGUAACCGAGGCAAGAAAACAGAACACAGUGAGAGAAAGGAAAAAAUGAUGCAUAGAUGUAGCGAACGUGACGUUUACUAAUUCACGCUACCACAUAAUUUUCGCGCAAAUGUUCUUAUCUAAUCCGAUUCGAUAUAAAAGCUCGUCGGAGGGCAACGUUUGUGAUAACGCAAUGCAGGUAAUGUAUAGAUACAUAUUUUCUCUUGUAUCGAUAGGUCGUGUGAUGAGGAACAAUGAAUUAACGCGAGUUACGUUAAAUCACAGAUUAGGCUGUUCUUUCAUUUGAGUUUUAACUUCUAACUUAUUAAGAGUGAAUGCACAAAAAGAUGUCCUGGAAAUGUGUACACAAUUAAAAGAUUUGGGACACUCUCUAAUUCGUAUUCUGAAAAAUUUUUACCACUUGUGUUUAAUUAAAUUUGUAACUUCAUUACUGACAAUGAGCUCUACUACUGAAUCAGAGUAGUAUCUUUAUAAAAGUAUUGAUCCAUUUAUGAGGAACUUAAUUUAUUUUGAGAUCGUGACAUACUGCAAGUUUCGAACAAUGCACAACUUUGUAAGGUUCGAGAACACGGGGCGCGCGUGAGGAGUACGCGUUAAAAUAAUAUCGAUUGUUUCAAAUGGUAAUGGAUCCUUCGCUCGGAUUUCGUAUCGGUUAACGAUCAAUCAUUCGUACGCGAAGUUUUACUUGUACGCGCAUAUGGGCGUCUCUGAAAACUAGAUAGAUGGAGAAAAAUGUCAAAGAGUGAACAAUGUAUACGAGAAAUGGAAUUAAAAAGAACCAGCAUUUCGUUCAUGACAACACUCUGUGUUCCGUGUAGCUGAAAGUAUUUAAUCCAAACCUGUAUCGAAACAUAUAAAAUACCGUGAAUAUUAAAAUAACUCUUAAAUUAUCAGAUCCUGCCGAAAGAUUUUUCACAUUAAUAAAAAAUGCCAAGAUUGUCAGAUACAAUUUACAAUUAGUCCAUUACAAUUUGCAACAGUCUAUGAAACUGUAUCGAAACACGCAAGAACUAUCGGCAGGACCUAAUACAGGCAUUGAAUUAACAAAUGGUGAUAUUAUAAGAGCAGUAGUGACACUACGAAUACGUGCCAAGAUGCAAGUAGCAUAGAGCAGUAGAGAACGUAGCAUGAACACGUAAUGCUUUUAGUGGAAUAUAUAGUAAUAAUGUAUACACGUAUAUGUACGUAGAUAUUUGUAUAUUCUUGUCCUUGUACCAAUGCCCGUACCCAGUCAAUAUGAUCGUUAAGCAACCCACCGACUACAUUUCGCGAUCAUCUCUCUUUAUAGACUUCCAUCUAUUGUUUCAGCGACGCCCAUCGUUGAUCGCCAAAUUAUAUUUUUCGUACCAAUUAUAAGUAUUGUACUACAGACUGAGCUUACUCAAAACUUUGUACGAUGUACCACCAUGAGUAGCCGUAUCAUUUCACAGUUGUAAUAGUUUGAAUGAGUUGGAACUGAGGAACAUACAUAUUUUUUCUACAUAUUUGUAUGCAACAGAAGUAGAUGCGUAGUAAAGUAGUGGUUCAUGUAAUGACUACAAUAGGAACUAUGAAUAUUUAUUGGUGACAACGAUUAUGGGGAGAAUUGUAUUGCAAGAAAAAGAAACGGACGGACAGUAUGAUUUAGGUUUUCUGAUAGACAAAUGAACUAUAAACAAUGUUGAUGUUAUGUCCACCAAGUAGAAUUUGCAACUAUUGCUACAAUUUCGGACAAUUGCGAUCAGAUAUUGAUUGAAAUUAAUGAUUUCACUUCAUGCGACAAAUCAAACUAUGUCAUAUUCAUCAGUGUACGAAUUCUUCUAAAUCUACACUUUUUCUAUUCCCACUCCAGCGUACUCUUAAUGUGCAUAUAUUUAAUUCAAGUGGGUUGCUGUUUUGUACGUUAACGAGGUUUCUGAACGAUAUCAAGGCACGAUGUUCCAGUGAAUUCCUCUCGCAGAUACCGAGUUUGGAGGGUGAUAUCUAUGGAUCGUGCAUACAUAUCAAAACGACGACGCGAAUGAAUAGACUGGCGUGCAUUAAUCAUUGAAACUUAGUUAAACGAUUCUGAAGUGUGACAGAAACGAGCUAGUAAAAGUGAAACCUCAUUUCAAGUCUAUUCUGAUGAUAAAAGUGAUACAAAGUACGAAAGUACUCGUGUAUUUAACGGAAACUACAGAAGACGAUGGUACCGUUAAUAAUGCACAUUUUCUAAUGAGUAUGUAUAAUCUAUGUUGUAUAUCCGGACACUUAAGUGUCUCUUUGUGAUUGUGAAUGAAAUAAAUAAAUCGGUACCAUACGCAUAAA